AAGACAGGGGCAAGGAGAGGACUCCGGGACUCGUCGGCCACAAAGCAGUAGGCAGGACGGGUGUGGGGGGGGGGGCGAGACGAACGGGGCCCGAGGCAGGGCCAGCUCCCGCGGGGUGACAGGGUCCCGGGACGGCGAGGGUAGGAAGAAUGAUCGGCAUUUAUAACGCCGGGGGAGGCUCACAGCCUUUCAAAGAGUUUCAGCUGGGGCUUGCCACAAACCGAUUUCAAGUCUUCUCCUUCAGACCCAGGGGCUGGAGAAGCUGUCCCUCCAAGGCUCCCUGGCACCUACUGGGGGGGACAUGUACCUCUCUAAACGGGCCCUGAAGCCGAAAUGCUUUGUUAUGCUCAAAACAAUAAAUAAGGUUCCGAGUGAAGCCUUCAGAAUAAAAGAUUGGUUAGUGUAAUAUCCCUAGUGCAGCUAUCAACGUGGUCAUAAGAACUAUGAACUACAGCGUGGGCCUCGGGUCCGUUGGAGGCACCGCACCGCCUGGGACACUUUCGGGCGGCCCCUGCACCGGCAGCCCCCGCUGCUGUGCCCCCACCCGCCGGCCCCGGGGGUCGCGGGGCGCUGUGCCGGCGGCGGGGAGCGCCGGUGUGCGGGCAGCGCCGGCGGCGGGGCCGGGCCCGCAGCCCCCUCAGCCGCCCUCAGCCCCCGCCCGCCCGUCCGCCCGCGCGCGGGGAGGGGGCGUCGCGGGGCGCCCCCUGGCGGCCGGCCGGGGCCAGGCGGAGCGCGCCCAAAGUUGAUUUUGUUCAGCAAGCCGUAUCGUAUAAAAUUAACGACAGCCAAUAAAAUUAGCUUACAUGUUUCAACCGUAAAAGUCCAAAACAAAAUAAAGCUAGUUUUAGUGAAGCUAAGAAGCUCUGCUUUGGCCCCGUUCUCUCUGGCUUGAACUGGGGUCCUUUUAUCUAAAGCCCAGUGCACAAACAUAUAGCUUAAUGUGACUAGUGUUCUUCCUUUUAUUUCUUUCUCUAUGGCAACCAAUAUGUUCUGCUCAGAAAUGUUCCCCCAUCAAGGAAACAAAUGAUCUUGAGGGAGCAGCUCUAUACGGCAUCUGUUCCGAUGGAGCACACAGAGUUAACCCCAGUCAAAAGAGACGCUGGGCACGUCAACAAGAAGUGGAAAAUGAGCGAUUCUUCUCCCCCCCAAAUUGAAACCUAUACCUCCGUAGUUUUACAAGCCAUUUUAUUGAUUUGGCUAUCGACCGUUUCCAAAGAAGUAACUAAUUCUAGGAAAUUACAAUGAUCACCAGCUAUUGUGUAUCCAAAAGAGCAGCAACAGAGGUGGCAAGGAAAAAUGAAUGCAAAAAAACAAGGUAAAAUUAAAACAAAUUAAAGUCACUUAAUGGGAUAUUUAAGGUUCGGUAAAGUUUUCGGGAGCGGUAUCUGGCCUGUUAAUUUAAUCCUACAUUGUUUAUCACAUUAUUUAUCACACUGACCCAAACGCUAUAGAAGAGUUUCAGAUCAUUAGACUACACCUUGCAAUUGCAUGGGAUUCGGCGAAAGCCGAGAGACAGGCAAGAUUGUCAAGAGAGAGAAACAAAGUGAAAUCUGGUCUGUAAUCCUCCAGCCCCAAUCUCCUUGGAGAAUAAAAUGAAGGGAUGUCCUGGUUAGUUUUGAUUGAUUAUACUCUUUCUGAUGGACUUUCACUACAGAGCUCUAGAUGUUGUGCUUAACCGUCUGUUCCCUAGUUACAAUAUUAACCCUGUGCGUGCACCGCCGCUCCACACCUUCCCCGGCCUCCCCCGCUCCCGUCCGUCCGUCCGUCCGUCCGUCCGUCCCUCCGCCGGCAGGUGCUCGGGUCAGCUCGGCCCCGGCCCCUCUCCCGCCCGCUGCACCGGCCGGGCCCCCUCCCCGCCCGCCGGGCGACCCCCCGCCCCCCCGAAGCAGCGUUUGAACACAGCCCGCAUCUCUGCCUCGCCUCCCCUUCACAAAUCUGUAAUAUUUUCGAGAGCUUU